UGGUCGCUGUCCCGCGGGCUGCUGGUGCUGAAAUGUGUUCAAUAAUAUAGUCACCAAAUAUUUGAGCAUAGACAUUAGCUUGAUAGCAAAUACCAUGGCACCAACGACUUAGGACACCCUGAGAGGGAAAACGAGUGUUAUUAUUGGUCGUUCAUGACGAGAAAAUUUAGAAUUUAGAAUUUAGAAUCCCUGAACUUCAUUUUUGUUUCUGAUUUCUAAAAAAAAAAAAAUCCCAGUAACGUUUCGCGUUGUGGUCAGGACUUUUAGAAGGAUGGAAAGCAGGGGCAUCGGUGCUGGCCGGUGUGGUUGUGCGCCCCGGGGUGGAGCUGCUUGCUGUCCCGCGUGCUCGUGGUGUUGAAAUGUGCGCGAUGUCCGCACGGCAGAGACUCCCGGGCUGCCGCUCGCUGCACAUCAACGAGGAUAACGGACGCUUCGUGCUGCUGGCGCUGCUCAUCCUCGCAUACCUUUUGUGCGGCGCCGCGGUCUUCUCAGCCAUCGAGCGGCCGUCGGAGGUGCUAGCCCGAGCGCGCUGGAAUCGGACACUGCACAACUUCAGCGACGCUUUCAACAUCAGCGUGCACGACCUCAGCACCUUCCUGCGCGAGUACGAAACCGCGUCGGCCGCCGGAAUCCGUGCCGAUGCCCUCCGACCGCGAUGGGAUUUUACGGGGGCAUUUUACUUUGUGGCAACGGUUGUGUCAACUAUUGGCUUUGGGAUGACAACCCCAGUGACGGUAGCUGGCAAAGUGUUUCUGAUCUUCUAUGGUCUCCUUGGGUGCGCGGCCACUAUUCUGUUCUUUAACCUUUUCCUAGAACGUAUUAUCACCGUCUUAGCUGUGGUGAUGAAAGCUUUUAGGCUACGUCGCUUGCGCACUAGUGGCCUUCUCCCACCAGGAAUCUGCCAGGACUUUGCAGCCAGCACUCUUCCAGGUUGGAAGCCCUCUGUCUACCAUGUUAUGCUGAUCCUGGGCCUGUCAGCUAUCAUCAUCUCCUGCUGUGCCUCAGCCAUGUACACACCCAUAGAAGGCUGGGCCUACCUCGACUCCCUCUACUUCUGCUUUGUCACCUUCAGCACUAUUGGUUUUGGAGACCUGGUGAGCAGCCAGAGUAAAGCCUACAGCUACCAGGGCCUUUACCGGUUGGCUAACUUCCUUUUAAUCCUGACUGGCGUCUGCUGCAUCUACUCACUCUUCAAUGUGAUUUCCAUUGUAAUCAAGCAGGUGCUCAACUGGAUGCUGAGCAAGAUGAGUUGCCUAUGCUGCCAGCGCUGCAGCAAGGCUAGUGCUUUCUUGGGGCGCCGCAAUGCCAUCCGCCCUGGCCCACGCCUCAAACAGGGUCAUUUUGGGCAGCCAUAUGACUCCGAGGGACCUUGCGAUAAUGACCGGGAGGGAAGAAGGCUCUCUGGUGAGAUGAUCUCCAUGCGGGAUUUGGCUUGCUCAAACAAGAUAUCACUGGCCAUCAUGCAGAAACAGCUCUCAGAAUCUGCAAAUGGGUACCCCAGGACAGUUUGUGGAAGCUCACGACACAAUGGCUUCUCGGGUGGAGUUGGAGCUUUGGGCAUCAUGAACAACAGACUGGCAGAGACAAGUGACUCUAGAUACUCAUGGUACCUUCAGUUGUUUGGAAAGUGCUCCUACGGAGAAACCGGUCUUGUGGAGGACUACAAGUUGCUUUCUGAGGUCUUGACUGAGUUGCUUAGAUUUUCCAAUUGUAUCAAGAGCAAAAAGGCACUGUCUCUAAAGUGUGUCUGUUGAUCCCCUACUAUUGAAGCUUCUUCAUAGUGAAGGAACAAGGAUUGUCCCCACACGAAUGUGGUUGCGAUCCCUGCACAGAAAAAGGCAAGUAGAACAGGAUGAUGGCAGCUUUUCUUGUCACAUGCACAAAUACACUACAAUGACAUUCUUUCUUCACAUAUCCUAGCUUGUUAGAAAAUGAGGGUCAGAGUGCAGGGUCAGGCAUGGGGUUAAGUGGUAGAUUUGGCAGUGCCCAGGGUCUGAACUCACAACCUUGUAAUCUGUAGCCCAGAGUGAGCCACCACUGCCAUAAUAGAAGCCUAAAACAUUAUCAAAUGGUUGGCUGAGUACAGCUGGCCUACAUUUAGUACAACAUCACAGGUAUAUUGUUUCAGUUCCACGCUAUAAAUAUGUUGUUGACAGAUAUUAAACAAAACCUCCACAAACAUGGCAGUUAUUUUUAGAAACCGUUCCUUGUUAACUGAGGUGCAGAGCCAUUCAUUCAAAACUGUUCCGCAAACAUCCACAUUCAGCUGGUACAUGAUGAUGUUAUCUCAGGUUUGUUUUGGUGGUAACAAUAACAAAACUGCAGUGAAAGUAUUAAUUAAUUAGAUUAGCUGUAAUCCCUAUCAUUAGGAUUAGACAUAUUAAACAGUGAGACUCUAGUUGUAGCUGCAGGGGAAGGAGCAGCUGGUGAUUUAUGGUCAUCACAACCAUGGUUUAUUAGGUUUAAACCCCUAGGUUUAGGUUGCUGCUUCAAACAGAACAUCAGCUUGCCAGCAGUAACAACAACUGAAUUAGUGAUUAGGGAUGAAUUAGUGUCAUAAACCUACAUGCUGCUUCAUUCAUGUGAUGAAUGGCAUAUUCUUAUGAUACUGAUGGGCAAAAAAUGGUUUGGGGAGUGGUAUUGAUCAGUCCUGAUUGAGACGAGACAUCAAAGCAAAACAGCAGUAAAGGGAGGCAACAUGCCACCCCACUAAUACGCCAAUAACUUUUUGAUGAUUGACAUUAAAGCACAGUUAAAAUGUCAUUUCUCUUCACAUGGACGUGCCAAGCAGUUCAGUAGCUACAAACUGCUUAAAUGUUUACAGUUUAAUGUUUUUUUUUAUUGUCUCCAAAGCCUCAGCAGCAAUGAUAUACACGUAUCUAUGCAAUAUAGCAGCACCAACCUUAACUUGUACUAAAUACUGUACUCAGUUCCAUAAAAUACCUGUAAACGGGGAUUUCCAACAACCUGUUUGAUUUAAAUAUCAAAUUUGAUUGUAUUAACAUUUUAGGGUAGUGUGGUGGCACAGUGGGUAGCACUGCCAACUCACAGCUCCAGGGUCCCAGGUUUGAUCCUGAGCUCGGUUGACUGUCUGUGUGGAGUCUCUGUGCAAGUUUUCCUCCUAUUUCCCAAGAAUAUGCCAAUCAGUGGAUUGGC